CAAGCAUCCUAAGGACCCGCAACCUUCCAUGCUAUACUAACACGACAGCAUUAACCACGCAGCACCACACUAUCCGCCAGGCUUAUCCUCAUUCUUACCAACGCCCCUCCCCUCCAACUCAUUGUGUCGCUGACUUUCGCUCUUCUCGACUAUGGUCGAGCCAUUGUAGCCCAACAAAAUCAUCAGUUCACUUUCUUGAUAUUGGCCUCUACGCAGACAUGACCGGAUCGGACCAUGGUACACGCGCUUUCUCUCCACGGCCUGUGACGCCGCCACUAUCCCCAACGAAGAGCACAAGUACUGCAGACUGGACGGUUCCAAACACGCCAGUCUCGCCUCGCAAAACACGUAGCAGUUUUUUCUUCCGAGAUAUCGGUGCAGAUCCUUUUUCUCCUACUCCUCCAACGUCCCCCACGAAGCUUAGUUUCACGGAUCGCUGUGGAGCGCUUUAUUUGUCCCGGCCCGCUAUUCCCCAUUUGGAAUAUGAAUCCUCUCAGUCAGCCUCACCGUCACUGACAGACCAUGGCUUGGAAUGGUUCAGUAGUCUAACGACGCGUGGCUGCAGUCGCUCGGCUCGCUUAAACAAUCGUUCAGCACCGAUCCGUCGAGCCUCUACACCUCAACUGGUUAAUGUUUCCGAUUCCUGCGCCGUCGAACACACGUCUCAAGUCGCCACCGAGAAAGGCGGCGAUCGUUGGUCUCCAAACAGAAUUCAGACUAGCGAAGACCUGACGCAGUCUCCACACUCCCUUUCUCCACGUGGAUAUCAGGCAGAUCACGAGGCCCCAUUACCACCACUGCACGCUACUAUUUCCGGCUGCAGAUUUUCACCAACCAAAUUGAGCCGCAUUCCUCUCCGUAACUCCAGCUCGCCCCUGAGACCGAGUCAAUGGGCGACACGAGGCGGGCUACUAUCAGCUCCGCGACGAUCAAACCGGGCGCAAGAUCGUUUCAUUCCUUCACGACGGCCUCCCAACACCGCAAGAGAUAGUUUCGAACUAAACAAGGCGGCAGAUCGACUUACACCUGAAGAGAAGAUCACACGCGGUAGCACUACCCCUGGUGCAGACCCAUUUAGCCGGCGGCUUCGACGAAGUGGUAGACUGAAUGCCGAACUUCGCACUCUUCGAGAGACGCAUUCAGUGAUCACUGGGCGAGCUAAUAUGAACCGACGCGGUGCAAAUCUCGGCCUCAGACGCAGUCCCUUCUCUCUCGGGGUUCGUCAAGUUAGCGCCGGAGCUGUUUGGAAUGUAGGCGGGUCCUCAGCCGUUAGUGACACUGUAGUUGGUGUAUCCAAUGGAAGAGGCGGUGUGCUUGGUAGCGGGACGAAUGCACCACUCUACACGUCUUUGUUCCUCAGUCGAUCUGAUCCUGAGGCGGAACUUGAGGCCUACGAGCGACGUCUUGCCCUAGCAUUAGAUGUUAACCAGGCAGAUCGAGUUUUGGGACAUACGACACCUCCACAGAGCCCAAUAACGCCAAAAUCAAACAGCACAGGAUUACAUGGUAAUUUUGCAAAUUCGAUGACGCAUGUUUGGAGAGACAAUGCCUGGAUGAAAGAUGGAUCCACUUUGCUUCUGGAUGCGCCACAGCUGCGGGACGACUACUAUUGCUCCUUGCUUGCAUAUUCCCACACCUCUAAAUGCCUUGCUGUAGGGCUUGGAAACUUUGUCCACCUUUGGUCGGAACAAAAAGGGGUAGAUACCCCGGAGUCACUCAAUACCUUGUCGAUCGAUGCUGCCUCAGAAGUACAACAUGUUACGUCUCUGGCGUUUUCAUCCGUUCAGGGUGGCCAAUCGAUUCUUGCUGUAGGUCGAGCCGAUGGUCGAAUAAAUUUAUGGAGUCCCUUUGAUCCAGAGCCUCGUUUUCAGUCCAAGCAACCUAAGCCAAUCUCAUGCGUCUCCUUUAGGCCCACAAUGGUUCGACGCCCUUCUCUUAGGGACAUGGCCAUAGCAGUUCCAACCGAAGAAUUACUGGUUGGUGACGAAGCUGGUCAAGUGUACCUCUAUUCCAUAGAGUGGCCGAAUCAAACGGAUGCUGCUCUAUUUGGCUGGAACGGGGCAUUGACACUUUUAGCACGUAUGACGAUGCACACGCAACAGAUCUGUGGGCUCUCUUGGUCUAUCGAUGGCGAGCUUUUUGCAAGUGGUGGCAACGACAACGCAUGCUAUCUUUUCGAGACAAAAAAGAUACUGCAAAAUCAAGUUGCAACGGACUCGCUGAAUACGUUGAGUGUCCGAUAUGAUCCCAACAGCGACAGCAUUUGGUCAGCGCCCACUAAUCGCGGGCCUGUUUUGUCUAUUGAACCAGGUCGCGAGAAACACAAGUGGGAGCUCAACGCCGCCGUCAAAGCAAUCGCAUUCUGCCCGUGGCAGAGAGGGCUUGUUGCCAUUGGCGGUGGAUCUAACGACCGUUGCAUCCACUUUUACCAUACCGUCUCAGGCGCUUGUCUAGCAACCAUCGACUGUGCAGCACAAGUAACUUCGUUGAUUUGGAGCACAACACGUCGGGAGGUUGCAGCUACAUUCGGCUUCGCGCAGCCAGAGCACCCCUUCCGCGUCGCAGUCUUUGCCUGGCCUUCGUGCGAGCAGAUCGUUGCAAUUCCUUGGUAUGAUGAGAAUCGCGCACUAUAUGCUAUAUCGUUUCCUGGAGGCCCAAACACCGGGAGGGACAAGGGUGAGGAUGGCGUGUGGUGGGGGAGGACUGUGGAGGAGGGGUGCAUCGUUGUGGCAGCAAGUGACUCCGCGAUUAGGUUCCAUGAAAUUUGGACGGAAGAGAAAAAGAGUGUAUGGAAAGGUGCUGGGAUCCUGGGCGGAAGUGACAUUCUGGAGAACUUACACGGAAUUGAGAAGGAAGGAUAUCCGACUAUUCGGUAG